AGCGAGGGCCCCCAGAGGCCACACACGGCCCCAAGCCGCGGGCCCCGAUGUAUUUUUGGAGCGCUGGACCUCUGGGGCCCCCCCGCGCCGCGCCCCCGCACCCCGCGCCGAUGGCCGACGCGCCCGGCGAGGAGGCGGGCGCCGGGAGCGCGGUGCCGCCGCGGAAGGGCCCCCGGGUGAGCUGGGUCCUGCCGGAGGACGCCUUGCCCGCGGUGGCCGAGGAGCUGGCGCCCGCGGCGCUCGACGAGGGCCCGCCGACGCUGCGGGUGCGCCUCGGCAUACCUCGAGAGGAGCAGCGGUGGCGGCGCCCUCGCGGAGGUCGAGCUGCCGGGCGACGGGGCGGUGCCGGUCCUGCAGCCGUUCUUGUCCCCCUCGCUGCAGGCCGAGGUGUCCGCAGGCGGUGGCCCCGCGCAGCUGCGCCUCGUCUACGAGGCCCAGCGCCGCGCUGCCCUGCCCCGCG